UAUGUGGAUAGUAGAACUUUACGAGAUUAUUUGAGCAAUAAUGCAACUAAAAUCGAAUGGAAGUUAAUAAUUCAAUUUGCAAAUCAAUUUGUAGAUGCUAUUGAAUGGUUGCAUGCUUGUAAUAUUAUUCAUGGUGACUUG